UAAAAAAAGUUAAUUUAUGUCCAAAAUUUACUUGGAUCAUGUAUUCAACUAUUCACAUUAUAGAACAAGGGAGUAUGUUUUUCCUUCUUUAAAAAAAAAUAAAAAAUGAAGGAUUCAAGUAUAGUCACUAGAAUGAUAUAAUUAAUCCACUUCCUCCAUUUAUGUCUCUCCAUCAUCCACAUUCUCUGACAUUCUCCCUCUACGGCCUACGCCCCUUUUUUUCUUUCUUUAAAUUUUCAAAAUCAAAUUUGAAAAAGUAGUAUUAUUGUAAUAGAAUCUGUCAACCCCUUGUCUUACGCUCACAGAAUUCUUUCCCCAUUUUCUUUUUUAUUAUUAGCCAUCUAACCGACUAACACAUAAAAACAACAUCUUAAAAAAACCCAAAAAUAGGCAACCAAAAAAAAAAAAAAAAUAUUUCCAUUGAAAUGGAAAGGUGACCGGUAUUUUCAAUACCAGUAAACCGGAAAACCGCUUUCAUUUUAGCCUGAAAACCGCGUUUUCUUCAUCCUUUAUUAAAAAAAAAAAGGAAAAGAAAAAAAAUUGAAUCUUUUACUUUGUUUAAGCCCUUGAUUCCCGUCAAAAGAAAAAAGCCCUUUUUGGUUUCUGGGUCUCUGAAAUCUGGUUAAAGUUUUGAUUUUUUGAUCCGGGUAUUUAGAAUUUUAGAGGAAGGAGGUAGUGGUAGAUGCUAAAGUGCGCCGGGGUUGCGUAGGGUAAUGGUGGAGGAAGAAGGAGGAGAUGAUAUAGUAAGGUGGGGUACAUGGGAAGAGCUUAUCUUAUGUGGGUCUGUUCUUAGACAUGGUUCUCACAAUUGGGAUGCUGUUGCUUUGGAGCUCCAAACCCGGACCCUUUACCCGUACCAUUUCACCCCUCAGGUGUGCAAAGCCAAGUAUGAAAUGUUGCAAGAGGGUUAUUCUGACUGCUCGUAAGUAUAAUGCUUACUGCCACUGCUUUAUUUGGUUCAGUGCUUGGUUUGAAGAGUUGCGGAAAAAGCGUGUAAAUGAAUUACGUAUAGAAUUGGAGAAAUCAGAGGAAUCAAUUGGUUCUUUGGAAACAAAACUUGAAACCCUGAAAUCUGAGAAAGCAGUGUGCAGUUAUCCUGAUUAUGGUUGCAGUGCAGCUGAAUCUGCUCAAGCACUAUGUAAAUUAGGAGGAAAUGAAUCUGCAGAAAAAGAGGCAUCUCGGGAUGGAUUAUCUGCUGGUAGCUUCACUCAGGAAACCCAGACAACUUGGUUACAACAAUGCCAAGCUGCUGCUACUGAAGCAUCAGUGGAAGAGUGUGAAAGAAAGCCUUUGGAUUUGGGACCUUCUAUAAGGCUAGAGAAGUUUCCAAGUAUAGAAAAGUUAGCUGAGACCAUGCGCUCAGAACAUGGCGUGAAUAUCAGGAGGAGAAGGGGGAAGAGGAAAAGAAAGGAUUUGAACAAGGAAGGUAAAGAAGGAAGUGUUGGAGAGAAUAAUCUGAUGUGUUCACCAGAUAGUGUGAUGACAACCACCUCACAAGUUGAGGAAAAAGUGAUCAGUGGCUAUGUCCAGCCUGAAACAUCUCCUGACGCAAAUGAUCAGAAUCCCUCUACAAGUAAACAGCAAACAGAUGAUUUCAUUAAAAUCUUUGAUUCUAUUAUGGAGAACGAACAUGCAUCUGUUUUCAGGCGUCGACUCGAUAGCCAGAAGAGAGCUAGAUAUAAGAGGAUAAUAAGGCAGCACAUGGACCUUGACACAAUAAGAUUAAGAAUUGCUAACAAAUGCAUCUCAUCAACACUGGAACUACUACGAGACUUGCUGCUUCUUGCCAAUAAUGCACUUGUUUUCUACUCCAAGUGUACAAGAGAAUACAAAUGUGCAUUAGUAUUUAGAGAUCUUGUUACUAAGGUCUUACACCAACAUUACAAAACAAAGGUUGCCCCUGAAGAAACCCCAAAAGCUCCAAUGCAGAAACCACCGGCAAAACCCAGAAGUGCUCGGCCCUUCAACUGUAAGUUUCACAAGAAGACAGUAAAUGCUCCCGGUUGUGUGACUGAUGCACAUAAAGUGUAUAGUCAUCCUCCAAACGUUGUGUGCUCACCAUCCUCGGCAGAAUCAUUUGCUUUAACAAAGAAAGCUCAAGGGAAACGCGGGAAAGUUGCACGAGUAAAACGGGGUAAUGCUGGUAUACAAGCUGAAACUCCUAUGAAGGUGAGAAAGAAAGCUAGAGUUAAGUAGAAGAGCUGUAAAAUUAGUAGGGAUAUAGUUUUUCUCCCCCACUCUUCCAAACUCCCAUCUCCCUUCUCCUCUGCGCCCUAACUCUCCUUUUUGUAUCUAGACUAGAGGUCUCUCCUUUUGUAGUUUAAGGAAUUAAAGUUGUACAGCCUCAUCAUGAGAGUAAUGGCUAAAACAAAUUCUUACCUGCGACGUGCUACCACCAUUAUUUGAUAAUGUAUUGUGGAUUAUCAAUUAGCAUAAACGUGUACCAAAUUUGACA